AUGACUUCCAACCGUGUUUAUAACUGGACUGUUGUAGUUCUUACCUGUCAGCAUAAAGAUAGCGUCCGUGCCGUCCAAAGAGAGUUGGAGAUCCGACAGCAGCGUAGGAUCCUGCCUUCCACAGCCCUGCUUCUUACUGUCCCUGACCCACAGCAGCACGUGGGCAGUGGAGGGGCCACACUUAAUGCGCUGCUGGUGGCUGCUGAGCACCUCAGUGCAAGAGCAGGUUAUACGGUGGUGACAGCGGAUGUUUUAUAUGAUGCUCACAUUCUCAUUCUGCACACGGGCAGGGAUUUUCCCUGGGAUGGCUGCGGUCGGGCAUUCUGCUGGAUGCCUGUCACUACAGCUGAGCAACAUGUUGAGGGACCCGUUUGCUGUUUAGAUAUUCUACUGGAUUGCCUCUCUUCCAAGGUAUGUGUUGGCUCUCCACCAGGUGUCUGGGUGUGUAGUACUGACAUGAUUUUGAAUAUCCCGACUACACCAGGGAUCUCAUGGGAAGGCUUUUCAGGGGUGCGGGUUGUGUCUUUACCUGGUGAAGUGUCUUUUGCUACAAACCACGGAGUCUACGUCACAGAUCCAGAGGGUGGAGUAUGUGAUAUCAUAUAUCGUGGAUCAGAGGAGAAGAUUCGCUCUGUUGCACUGCCUGAUGGAAAAGUGCCUCUGGUAUCAGGUCCUGUGUUUUUCUCCAGCGCUGUGUCUGAAAGACUUUUACAAACUCAUGUCAUGCCACCUCUGGAUGGCUGUACUUACCUGGGCAUGGACUCCGGAGCACCACCGUUACAGAUUUCUCUCUUUCUGGACAUUCUGAUGUGCCUUUGCUCAGAUCUUACUGAAGCUGAAUUUGUUAAUGGAGAGAGAGUAGGCUGCAGUUCACCGACGGGUCCACAAGGGGCAGUAGUGAAGAGUGCUCGUUCCGUGCUGUGGAGGACUUUAAGAGGAGUUUUGCUUUCUAUGGUGUACAUUCCUGAAGGGCGUUAUGACUACCUGACAAUGUCUGGCAGAGAACACGUUGUUCGCCUGAUAGAAGCAGGCUCAGAGAAACUGAUUAAUUCCCACAUACAGCAGUUGCAGGCUGUGAGUGAGGACAGUAGAGUGAUUAACAGUGUGCUUGAUGGAGAUGUUCGGGUUGCAUCUGGGGCAGUGGUACAACAUUGCCACCUACAGGGCCCAAUCCUGGUGCCCUCUGGGUGCCUCCUGUCUGGCCUGAAUCUGACCUCAGAGGUUCCUGCACAGCACCAGCCACUGAUCAGCAACAUCAUCGUGCAGGGGCACAGAGUACAUCUUGGAGAGCUGAAGCUAACAGUCUUCACUGUGUUUGGAGUUUAUGACAGUUUGGAGGCUCAGAGUGAUGAAGUUGCAGCUUUAUUCCUCAAUCAAACAUGGAAUGACUUCUGUAGCCGCAGAGGAAUAAAGCAGGAGGAGUUAUGGGGAGCAGAGAGUGGAGUGAGUCGGACUCUCCUGGAUGCUCGCUUGUUUCCAGCAUUCACACCCCGGGGUGGAGCAGUGGGGCUGGAGGGUGUGAGCUUUCUUCUGUGUGGCUCUGGAAACACAGAGAGCUGGAGAUCAGCGUGGAGACUUUCGCUCAGGGAGGUGCUGUCUCUUACUGACCAGCAGGAGGAACUGCAGUGGAGAGAGCAGCUGAUGUUCAGUGCAGGACAGAGGAGAGCCGUAGAGGCCUUAAAGAACCACACAAACCUUAAUCUUUUGCCCUUAAUAAGAGCUGCAGUUCUGCAAGGCAGGCAUGAGGAACUACUUAGCACCCUUGACUCUGUGGCGUCUGGCAGUCAUGCUGAUAUGGGUGUAGCUGCACGCACUCUGGCAUGCAUUGCUGAUGUUCUUGGUUGCAUGGCCAGUGAGGGAAAAGGGGGGUUGAGGAGCGGCCCGGCUGCUAAUCCUUCCUGGGCUUCUGCUUUUAGUCUGCUGGAGCGGGGUUUGCUGGAGGCUGGUGUCCAGGAACUGGCUAAUCAGAGAGUCCACUGGCUUAGCAGACCAGAUCUGUUGGUAAGAGCUGCGAGACAUUAUGAAGGUGCGGGCCAGAUACUUUUAAGGAAGGCGGUGAUGUCAGCACGCCAGUUUGUGCACAUUGGUCAGAGCCAGAUGUCACCAGUGGGAGUGUGGCAGGAAGUAGAGUGCCCAGCCAGACUGGACCUCUCUGGUGGCUGGAGUGACACUCCUCCCAUUGCGUUUGAGCAUGGCGGUGUGGUGGUGAAUGUGUCCGUGAAGGUGGAUGGUAAACGGCCAAUUGGAGCUCGAGUGAGGCGCAUUCCAAAACCCGAGCUGGUGUUAGUGAGCAAAAGCGGGCCCCCAGACUGCAGCAUAACUACGCAAACAGUGUGUAAGGAGCUCACUGAUCUGGAGGACUACUGCCAACCCCAUGCGCCUGGUGCAUUGUUAAAGGCAGUGUGUGUGUGCAGUGAGGUGGUGUCUUUAUCGUCUUCUUUAUCUUUGGAGCAGCAGUUGCUGCGUUGUUGUGAAGGGGGACUGGAGCUACACAGCUGGUCUCUCCUGCCUCACGGUUCAGGACUGGGUACAAGCAGUAUCUUGGCUGGUGCACUCCUGGCGGCUGUGUACAGAUGUACUGGACGGAGCUAUGACACAACUUCUCUCAUCCAUGCUGUGCUAUACCUGGAGCAGAUACUUACUACAGGUGGAGGCUGGCAGGACCAGGUAGGCGGGCUUGUAGGAGGCAUUAAGAUGGCACGCUCCCAAGCCUCCCUGCCACUCAGAGUAGAGGUGGAGCAGCUCUCACCUACCCAGCACUUUCUCACUGGUUUGCAACAGCGCCUUCUUCUGAUCUAUACUGGAAAAACACGGCUGGCACGCAACCUGCUACAGGAUGUGGUGCGGAAUUGGUACAGCCGACGUCCAUCGAUUGUACAGAACGCAAAGCAGCUGGUGAGCAAUGCUGAAAACUGUGCACGGGCCUGCGCAGAGGGGUCUUUUCCAAAACUAGGGGCCUGUAUAAACCACUACUGGGAACAAAAGAAGGUAAUGGCUCCAGGCUGUGAACCAGCUGCAGUAAGAACCAUGAUGGAUGCCCUUCAGCCUAUUUCCUUAGGACAAAGUCUGGCAGGGGCAGGAGGUGGUGGCUUCCUGUUUAUACUGACACGUGAUGCCCAACAGGAGGAGAAAGUGCAACAGAUCCUGAACAGCACACAGGGUCUUGAAGAUUUCAGUGUACACUCAGUAGAGCUGGACAUGGAGGGGAUCACAGUGCUAGAUCAAAGCACAGGACAUGCUGAGUGACCCGCAAAAUCCAUCUACAGCAUCAUACACCGAUCGGGCAUAACAUUAAAACCACCUCCUUGUUUCUACACUCACUGUCCAUUUUAUCAGCUCCACUUACCAUAUAGAAGCACUUUGUAAUUCUACAAUUACUGACUACAGUUCAUCUGUUUCUCUGCAUGCUUUGUUAGCCCCCUUUCAUGCUGUUCUUUAAUGGUCAGGAGCCCCACAGGACCACUACAGAGAUGAUCGCUCAUCUAUUGCUGCUGUUUGAGUUGGUCAUCUUCUAGACCUUCACCAGUGGUCACAGGAUGCUGCCUACAGGGUGCUGUUGGCUGGAUAUUUUUGUGAAACAAUAUUGUGGGUAAGAAGAACAUUUGUCCAGGUGGUCAGAUGUAAUCCAAGAAUUACCCAUGAAUUAAAGGAUGCACAAAGGUACACUGCUUACAUUCAAGCUUUCUUAGCACAAUGCAUUUAAAGGCUGGUGUGCAAGUAAAAAUCCUCUGAUCUUGCUACUUAUUUUGUAAAUACUCGACAGGCCGGAUUAAACAGCCUAACGGGUCGUAGUUUGCCUACCACUGUCAUAGAGCAAGCACAGGCACACAGAUAUGCCUGUGCACAGAUUUUCUUCUUGAAGAAUGUUCCAUCAUCCCAACACAAACCAUUCAGCACUUUCAAGAAGGACUGAACGUCUUCUGGAGGAAACAAUGUCCUAAUAUACACUACAUGGACAAAAGUAUUGGGACACCCCUUUAAAUUAUUAAUGUGUUUCAGUCACAACCAUUGCCAAUGUGUAAUAAAUCAACUAUUUAACAGAAAUG